AUGCCCGGAGGAGAAGAAGCUGGGCCUGGAGCCGGCGCCGCUGGCGCCGGCGCUGAAGAAGAGCCUGGCGCUCUGGUACCAGCGCCAGGUGAGCAUCCCGGCCACCUGGAACUCCAGCCGCGUGCUGCUGCAUGUGGGCGCCUGCGAUGCUCGCGCGGAGGUCAUGGUCAAUGGCACCGCCUUCCCGGCGCAUGUGGGCGGCAACAGCGCCUUCCAUCACGACAUCACCGAGGCCCUCAACGGCGGCGGUGUGUCGCAGGCUUCGGUGAUGCUUCGGUGCCUGGACCGCUCGGCGGAGAUGCAGCCCCAGGGCAAGCAGAUCGCCCAUCCCUACCGCGGCCCAGGCCCCCACUUGCCGACGCUCUACUCCAACGUCACGGGCAUUUGGCAGAGCGUAUGGCUGGAAGCCGUACCCACCACCCGCCUCACCAGGGUGCAGUGCCUCGAUCUCGCCAGGACGCCGGAGCAUGGCUGCUGGAGCUGAUCCCCCACUGGACGGGAGAUGUGGCGUCGCUGCAGCUCCACGUGGCUUUGUAUGGCAGCCUGGAGUGCACUGGGCCAGUGCUCUGCGAGACGACGGCGCUGGCGGACGGGGCCACGCUGCUGGACGUGCCGAAUCCCAAAGUCUGGAGCCCUGAGGCGCCCUUCCUCUACGGGCUCCAGUUUCAGCUGCGAGAGGGCAGCAAGGUCUUGGACGAGGUGAACUCGUACACGGCACUGCGCUUGGUCAGCCUCAAAGGUGACACGAUCUGCUUGAACAACAGCCCCAUCUACCUGCGCCUCGUGUUAGACCAAGGCUACUACCCCGAUGGCUUGUGGACGGCCCCGGACGUGGCCUCGCUGCGGCGCGACAUCGUCCUGGCCCAGACCCUGGGAUUCAACGGCGCAAGGCUCCACCAGAAGGUCUUCGAGCCUCUCUUCUUCAAGGCUGCGGACGAGUUGGGGUACCUGGUCUUCGCCGAGUACCCGGAUUGGAACGGCGGCCAGAGCAGGCGCUGGGAGGUCCCUGACCAGUACAUGGAGGUGGUACGCCAGGAGUGGCCCAAGUUGGUGCAGGACCUGCACAACCAUCCCUGCAUUGUGGCCUGGGGGCUCUUCAACGAGUUCGGGCCGAAGCACGGCUGGGAGCAUCACUCCGGCGCGGGCGGAGGCUUCUGGUCGCGCUACGAGCCGAAGGUUCGGGACGAAAUGAUUUCGCGCCACGUGAACUUCGUGAAGGAGACGUGGUGA